GGGUGACAUAACGGCGGAGGCUCCGAUCCCGUCCUCUGGUCUUUUCCCCCUUCCGGUCUCCCACCGCAUCUCGCCGUGGGAGAAGCCGAAGGGGAGCGAGAGCUCCGUCCCCCCCGCCCCUCCCCAUUAGAAGAAGAAGAAGAAGUCUUCUCUUCUCUCUUCUCCUCUUCUCCUAUUCUUCUUUCUCCCCUCGUUGCCGGAGGGCUGAGAUGAUCGAGAACAACAACAAUCCCGAGGGCGGCAAGAGAUACGCGCCUCCCGCUCAAAGGAACCGAUCCCUCAACCGGCGCAAAUCUGGAGAUCGAUUUGAAAAAACAAGUUACUCCUAUGGGAUUGAUGGGGAGAAGAGUCAAGCUUCUAAUUUGAGAAAUUUUCCUUCAACGGAUCAUGGGGAGGCUGGUGGCAGCAAUGUUCAAAAUGAAAACCAUCCAGGAUUGAUACCCAUAGAUGGGUGUUGUACCAGUGAGGCUGCACAACUUUUAAAUGAUCGUUGGGCAAAUGCCAUGCACUUGUGCAAUGAUCCAUCAGUUGAUUUAUCUGAAAGACCAACAAUGUAUUCUGGAGCUAGUGGGUCGUCGUGGGGUCAUUUGAAGCUUCCACAUCAGAUGGACUUUCUGUCUGAGCUACGACGUGCAAUACAUAAUGCUCAGAUCAAUGCUGUGCCGACUGCCAGUGAGCGUAGCUGAUUACCUGCAUGGAUGGAAUUGGGAAUUUUUGGAAGCUACUUUAAUGGUUUAUGUAUUCGUAGACUAAAUGUUUGUGUCAUCUGUACUGAACUACUUGUUCUAUCUUACUAAUCCCAGUGGUGUAGAAAUGCAUACCUUGUUAUAAUUAGUGUUGGAAGCAGUGGAACAGAGCUACUGCUGCACUGAUUGUUGGUAAAUCUUAGUUUUUAAGGUAACACAUGCUUGCUUUUCCA